GCUGUGCGGCUGAGAACCAUCCUCGAGCAGAGGGACAAGAUGAUCAAGGAAGGGAAGUACACGCCGCCCGACUACCACAAGGGCAAAGAGGAGCCGCGGCCUUGA